CUCUUUCUCCCUCUCUUCCUUGCCCAAAUCAAUGGCGCAUAGGCCGAGCUGUUCUACUUCGUUCUUUGGGGAACUCAGAACAAGAGAGAUUAGCGGUUUUAAAGUGCGUCAACGGCUGUAUCUGGGCGAUCUAUCGAUCGAUGCCGGCGAUUUCAUCAUUGAGCACGAAAACAAUCCCUCGCCUCCUCUUGCUCUUUCUUUCUGCAAGACGAGUGGAAAAUCCCACAUCCUUGCGGUGUCUGAUGAAGAAGGGUUUGUAAGCUGCUACGAUACUAGGAAGCGACUCAGCUGCCAUUCUUCUUGCUGGGAUAAGACGGCAGAAGCAAAGAUUUCUGAAUGGGUUGCUCAUGAAAACGCCAUAUUUGAUAUUUGUUGGAUUAAGGACGACUCCCAACUUCUUACUGCUUCUGGCGAUCAAACAAUAAAGUUAUGGAAUGCUGAAAAGAGGAAAUGCAUUGGAUUAUUGACAGGGCAUACGGGUAGUGUGAAAUCUGUUUCCUCACACUCAUCAAAUCCUGAACUUUUUGUUUCCGGUUCCAGAGACGGAUCUUUUGCCAUUUGGGACCUUAGGUGCAAGUUUGGUUCACAUGGAGUAUCACGUUUAUCGUCUACUUCUGUUGUUAAGGAAGCCCAUUCAUCCUCUCAUGGAAGAAGAACUAGGAGAGGACAGGCUGAUUCAAAGAGCGUUACAUCUGUACUUUACCUAAAAGAUGAUAUCUCUAUUGCUAGUGCUGGUGCAGCAGACAGUGUUGUGAAGUUUUGGGAUACUCGAAACCUGAAAUCAAAUAUUUCCCAGGCUUGCCCAGACAUCAAGUCAUUUUCCAAAAAAGAGAAAACACGGCAUGGGAUUUCCUCUCUAUCUCAAGAUACAAAUGGCGUCCUUCUUGCAGCCUCUUGCAUGGACAAUAGGAUAUACUUGUAUGAUGUUCUUCAUCUUUCAAAGGGUCCCAAAAAGAUCUUCAAUGGAAGCAAGAUUACAUCAUUCUAUGUCAAGUCAGCAGUAAGUCCUGAUGGUUCGCACAUUCUUAGCGGUUCUGGUGAUGGAAAUGCAUACAUCUGGAGGGUGGACAAGCCUGAAAGUGCUCCAGUCUCACUCACUGGUCAUGAAAAGGAAGUAACUGCAGUUGCUUGGUGCUCGACAGAGGUUGGGAAGCUAGCUACUUCUUCGGAUGAUUACAUGGUCCAUGUCUGGAACAUCAAGAAAGAAAGCUGUAUCAGUACAAGAUCCCCAUGUUCAUUGCGGAAGAGAGUUACUGCAACCCCAACCAAGAUAAUUAGGAAGCUAAACUUAGAAGAUUCGAAUGGCUUUGCAGAUGCCUCUUGUACUUCAAAGAAAACAAUGGUGAAUUCAUCCUCACCCUCAAGAUCUAAAUUUGAAGAGUGUAGCACACCCGAGUCUUUCAAGAAAAGAAAACUUGGCUUGUUCCCGGCUGAAGGAGUAGACAUGCAGAGGACCCCAGAUUCAGUGGCAGCAUUUGAUAGCCCUUCUUCAGUUCUAAAUCCUCCAUCUUCUUUGAAAAGGAGAACAAUUCGUGAUUACUUUUUGCGUUCUCAUGAGAGUAUCAAAAACCAUUUUUGUGACUAGAAGGAAGUUCUGUAAUCCGGUUAUUAUGAGGCUUUAAUUUCUUGGCAAAGUGGUUUCAGCGAACUGAAGAGUACUUGAUCUUCGUGAGGACUUAAGAUGUAAUAAUGUGCAAGUGAUUGAGGUCUUUGUUGGACUUUUGGGAAGCAAAUUAUGAUUAUCAUUUUGUAAGUAUUAUAGCAUGUCUCAAACAUGAAAAAAAGAAAUUAAAUUUUUCGAUAUGGUUCUUGUAGUCAAAUUAAUCAAAUAUACUUCUUAAAAAUUGAAGUUCAAAGAUGGGAGAAAUAAUUAUGUGUGGAGUUCGGGU